UUUAAAAUAAGAUUUUUCUUACGCUAAUCGCUAUUUUACUGUAGGAUUCUUACGUAACGUAGCUUAUUUAACUUUAUUAAACUUAAUAUUAACCGCAACAAAAUUGAUUUUUUAUUAAUUAUUACAUAUAAAUAUUUUAUAUAUUACUCUUACUAUAUGAAAUAGUAUCUGUUUAAUAGUAUAUUCAAGACAAAAUGUAAAUUAUUGGUUCAAUUAAGUAUCGAGCAUAUCGAGUUCCCAUUCUCAGUCGCUGUAGGGAAGCUAUCCAACGCAAAGUUCAUCGAGUUUCAGAAAAGUGUAUCACUGUAUUGUGUAUUUCAUUAGUUCGUGUUUGUGCCGUUUACGUUGAGAUGCAACACGAACGUUUCGUCGUGAAAUACGUUACGGCAAACAAUUGCUUCGCAUAUUUGUCGGUUACCUGGUUGCGCCGUUUGGAAACUAAGGAGAAUGCGAUCGAAAUAUCGCACAAUGGAAGGAAAUACUAUCUUUCUUGUGUCGCCCGGAUUAAUAAUGAUGAAACAUUAUGUAUCGGGGCGACAUUUGCGAGAAGUUUAAACAUUCAAGAAGGAGAUGAAGUAUUUGUAUCUUCUAUGAAAAAUGUUCCUUCAUUAAAGAGUAUUAAUAUUGCUCCUCGCACCGCAAGUGAUCGCGAGCUUUUGGAAUUACAAAUAGAUAAGGUACAAUCAAACCUCUUGAACCAAGUGAGAAUUGUCGCGAGAGGACAGCCAAUCGUGGCGUGGAUCUCAAAAUUCUCCUCCGUGACUUUCAUCGCGGGCAAGUUGUUUAUUCUUUAUAAUGUUAUUUACAGUUAUUUGUUCAGGAUUUACUCCAAUGAAAUAAUGCUAUUACUCUCUUAUGUAAAUGCUAGAUUAUUUUUUUGCAACAUAAUUUUAAUAUUUUAAUAUCAGAGAGAAAAUUAUUGGACGCAAAGGAAGGAUCGAAAGAUUAAUUGAUUAAGUCGUUUGGCAUUAUUAAAAUAUUAAAACAUAUUGUGUCUUGAUAUAUUUUAAUAAAAUAUAUUGUUAAUAUAUUUAUUAGAGCAUAUAUCGGAACACGUAUUAGGGGGUCUGAAAAAAUUUUGCUAAAAUAGAAGGGGAACUGGUAUAUUAACCUUUCAGACAGUAGAAGACAUCAUGAAAUUUGUCUUGGAUGUAUUCAAGAUGUCCUAAGAUAUUUCUUAGGACAUCCUAGAUAUAUUUCGGGAUAUCUUGGUUUAUGAUUAUUAUUAAUGUUGUCUGAUUAUAUAUUUUUAUAUUUUUUUCUCUAUUUCCAUAAAUGCACAAUACAUGUGUAUUUAAGAAUGAAUCAUGUUAAAUUAUUACCGUUCUACAAAUUAUAAUGAAAAAUAAUUAUAAUAAUUAUAACAAUUAUGGAUAAUAAUUAUCCAUAUUUGUCCAGUUGACAAGUGAAUAACUGCUCCCUCUUUCCCUAAUCGCUCUCUCUC